CACCCAAACCAAACUCCAAACCCAAUUCCAAACGAUCAUUCAUCUCUAACAAAUCACUGUACUCACGUGUGACAAAUACUUUAACAAUUUAGUUUUCGUUAUGAAAAGAAAUGCAGAAGGUGAGGACUUGGAAACACUAGCCAUGGCUAACUACCUCCUCCUAUUGGCGAACUUCGGAAAACCGUCAUCACCGCCGCCGCCGUCCGAUGAUGUUUCGUCUUUCCAAUGUAACACGUGCUACAAGAAAUUCUCCUCGUUCCAGGCGUUGGGUGGUCAUCGGGCCAGCCACAAGAGGCCCAAACUUCUCGCUCAGGGAGUAGAGCAAGUGGCGGGAGUGUCGAAAAAGCCCAAGAUGCAUUGCUGCUCCAUUUGUGGGCUUGAGUUCUCGAUGGGCCAGGCCUUGGGCGGGCACAUGAGGCGACAUCGAGCCGCGUCGAUGAAUGGGUGUUUAGAGAAAUCGACGGUGGAGGCUGUCGCGGCAUCGGCUGCGGCGGUGGCAUCGGUGGCGGCGCUCCCGGUGUUGAAGAGGACGACUAGUAGCAAGAGAGUGUUCGGGUUUGAAUUGGAUUUGGAUCUCAAUUUGAGUCCGCCCGAGAAUCGUGAUUUCAUCAUGUUCAGGUCCAAAACUACGCCACCAACUCCAGUUUUACGUUGUUUCUUUUAAAAUUGUUUAUUACGUAGUAUUACUCACUUUAGGGUCAUUUAUCGGCCCUUGUGAUUUUAGGGUCAUUCUUUAAUUGCUUCUAUUCGUGUGUACAAAUUGUUUCGAGCAAUGUUGUAAAAGUUGUAUUUUUAGUUGGAAUAGGUUGAGGAUUUCAA